CCAACUACCGUUACCUCACCACACAACUAACAGCCGCCAAACCAAACACAACCCUCUUACCGUCUUACGUUUCCAUUUGUUUUCCUUUUUUUCUAUAUUUUUUUCCUUAAAUCCCUUUUUAAUCUUUAUUGUUCAUGUUUCUUUCCCUAUUUUCUCUUGUUCCUCUCUCUGGUUUCAAUAAUGGAGUCUAAGCUUCUUCUCAAACCUACUACCUUUUGCAAACCUUCAACACCCUUUUCUCCUUUUCACCUAACAACUCGAGGGUCUUGCUUUUCAUUCAACCCCAUUUCAUAUUCUCCCCAAAAAUCCAAUCUUUCUCUUAAGGUUCAAGCUGCUUCUGUUGGAUCGGUGCCGACAAAGAAAAGGAUUGAUGGGAGUGAAAAUUUGACCCUUGAUCAUAUAAGACAUUCUUUGAUUCGUCAAGAAGAUAGCAUUAUCUUUUCCCUCUUGGAGCGAGCACAAUACUGCUACAACAAAGAAACUUAUGAUUCUGAUGCUUUCUCCAUGGAUGGAUUUCAUGGCUCUUUGGUAGAAUACAUGGUCAAGGAAACUGAGAAACUUCAUGGCAUGGUCGGGAGGUACAACAGUCCUGAUGAACAUCCGUUCUUUCCCGAUGUUCUACCUGAACCGUUUCUACCUCCUUUGCAAUACCCUCAGGUGUUGCACCCUAUUGCGGAAUCGAUAAAUAUAAAUGAUAACGUCUGGAGUGUAUACUUCAAAGUCCUUAUCCCACAAUUAGUCAAGGAAGGAGAUGAUGCUAAUUAUGGAUCCUCCGCUGUUUGUGAUGUAAUGUGCUUGCAGGCUCUUUCAAAGAGAAUCCAUUAUGGAAAGUUUGUAGCCGAGGCGAAAUUUCAAGCUAAUCCAGAUUCAUAUGAAGCUGCUAUUAUAGCACAGGACAAGGACAAAUUGAUGAAAAUGCUAACCUAUCCUGAAGUUGAAGAAGAUAUUAAAAAGAGAGUAGAGAUGAAAGCCAAGACUUUUGGACAAGAAGUGAUUAUAAAUACAGAAGAACAAAAGACUGAGCCUGAGUACAAAAUUAAUCCAAGCUUGGUUGCUGAUUUAUAUAGUGAUUGGAUCAUGCCGUUGACAAAACAAGUUCAAGUUGCAUAUUUAUUAAGGAGGCUCGAUUGAGCAUACAUUGUUUAUCUUUCCAUGUAUUGAUGCUUGCAGUGAACCUAUUAGCACCGCCUUUAAAUUGAAGGCGCGUGUCUAUUGUCUGACACAUGUCAGUGUCCAAUGAUUGUUGGUAUAGUUUUGUCUUGCGGAUGUGUAUGAGUAAGUGGUUUUGGCAUAUGUAAUUAACAUAUGAAGAAGUUGAUUUCCUAUGCCAUUCAUGACUAUAAUAAGGAAGGAAAUGGUUUAAGGUGUGUUUGAUUUUUA